AUUCUGGUCUGCCUUGUGGUACCUGCUACUGCUGAUCCGUUCUGCAUUUCUUCGUUGUCCUGGAGUUUCAAGCACCAUUGCCUGCUCAUUGCGUAAUUUGGGCCUGACUAGUCUGGUCUUUCUCUUUUUCUUCUCGGUCCCCUUGAACUUGGAACGAUGGUGAAGAUCUGCUGCAUAGGAGCUGGCUACGUGGGGGGUCCCACCAUGGCCAUGAUAGCAUACAAAUGUCCAGAGAUUAAGGUCACUGUGGUCGACAUAAGCAAGGCGAGAAUCGCUGCGUGGAACAGUGAUAAUCUGCCUAUUUUCGAGCCUGGACUCGACGAUGUCGUGAAGUCUUGCCGCGAUAAGAACCUUUUUUUCUCGACUGACGUGGAAAAGAGCGUCGCUGAGGCCGACAUUAUCUUCGUAUCCGUGAACACACCAACUAAGACCAGGGGAUUAGGAGCUGGUCGAGCAGCCGACCUGACCUAUUGGGAAAGCGCUGCUCGGAUGAUCGCUGACGUUUCUACUACUGACAAGAUCGUGGUUGAGAAAUCCACCGUUCCCGUGAAGACGGCGGAAGCCAUAGAGAAGAUUCUUACACACAACAAGAAAGGCAUCAAGUUCCAGAUUCUAUCGAAUCCCGAAUUUCUGGCGGAAGGCACUGCCAUAGAAGACCUCGACAAGCCCGACCGCGUUCUUAUCGGUGGUCGUACAUCCGAGGAAGGCCAGGCUGCAGCAGCGGCUCUUGCUGCGGUCUAUGCUCACUGGGUGCCUCAAGAAAACAUCAUUGUGACCAACCUCUGGUCCGCUGAGCUGACCAAGUUGGCAGCAAAUGCGUUCCUCGCUCAGCGCAUUUCAUCAAUCAACGCCAUCUCUGCUCUGUGCGAGGCCACGGGGGCCAACGUCUCCGAAGUAGCAUACGCGAUUGGAAAGGAUACCCGUAUUGGUUCCAGAUUCCUCCAGGCCUCUGUCGGUUUUGGUGGCUCCUGCUUCCAGAAGGACAUUCUGAACCUUGUCUACAUCUGCGAGUGCAAUGGAUUGGUGGAGGCCGCUCACUACUGGAAAACGGUGAUUGACAUUAACGAGUACCAGAAGUCUCGAUUCAUCAGCAGGAUCGUGUCGUCCAUGUUCAACACAGUCGUCAACAAGAAGAUUGCCAUCCUCGGGUUUGCCUUCAAGAAGGACACAGGCGACACCAGGGAGAGCCCUGCCAUUGAUGUUUGCCACGGGCUGCUCAGGGAUCAGGCUGACGUCAGCAUCUAUGACCCACAAGUGACGGAGGAGCAGAUCAGGCGUGACCUGUCCAUGAACAAGUUCGACUGGGACCAUCCGUAUCACCUGCAGCCAGUCAGCCCCCGGGUGCACCAGAAGGUGUCCGUGUCAUGGGAUGCAUAUGGAGCGUGCAAGGGCGCUCAUGGAAUCUGCAUUCUCACAGAGUGGGACGAGUUCAAGCAGCUGGACUACCAGAAAAUCUAUGAGCACAUGGAGAAACCAGCCUUCGUGUUUGAUGGGCGCAACACGGUGAAUGUGGCGAAGCUGAGGGAGAUUGGCUUCAUUGUGUUCUCCAUUGGACAGCCGCUUGACCCCUGGGUGAAGGAUCUCCCUUCCAUGCACUAGUCUUGCAUGGAGCAGGUCUUGGUCGUGGACCAGCAGCAUGAAUACUCGCCCAGGAGCCUGGGUGGUUAGCGUAUAAAAACAACUAGGAAGUGGGAGUUACACGAACUGACCAUCUAGAUGGCAUAGUGCAACCAUGACUGUCUACGGGACAUAUGACACAAGUGAUUAGUGUUUCGACAUCUAUCUCGAUACUGUAGUUCCACAUCGCAGCAUGAGUAGAA